UUACGCUUAUCUUUCUGGACGUCCGUUCCUCCCUUGUACCUGACAACCAGCCGCUUGGUGAGAUUCACACUCAGGGAAGGGGGUUGUGAGCGAGAGAGAUGGGGGGCAAAGAUUCAACCAUGUCCCACUCCGGAGCCCAGGGCAGCAUUGGGAGCCACCCAGCCAUGGGGCUGCGUGCCCACAAAAUGUACCUGUUUGAGUUUGAGAACUUCCAGGGUCGUAUGAUGGAGUGCAUCACUGAGUGCCGUAACCUGUGUGAGAAGGGCUUUGAGAGGAUCGGCUCCAUCAGGGUGGAGUGUGGACCCUGGGUGGGCUAUGAGCAGCAGAACCUGAGUGGAGAAAUGUUCAUGCUGGAGAAGGGAGAGUACCCCCGCUGGGAUACCUGGAGCAACAGCUACAGGUGUGACCGCUUCAUGUCCGUCAGGCCCGUUCGCAUGGACACCCAGGACCACAAGAUCUGCCUGUUUGAGUGUAAUAACUUUGAGGGCCGUAAGAUGGAGGUGUGUGAUGAGGAUAUCCCCAGUCUGUGGUCCUACGGUUUCCAGGACCGUGUGGCCAGCAUCCAGGUCACUGGUGGAACUUGGGUUGGCUACCAGUACCCCGGUUACCGUGGCUACCAGUACGUGUUCGAGUGCGGUGUCUUCAAGCACUGGAACGAGUGGGGCGCCCACCAUCCCCAGAUCCAGUCCAUCCGUAGAGUGAGGGACAUGCAGACACAUCGCAGAGGCUGCUUUGAGUGGACCGUCUAGGUGGGGCCAGGCAGGCGACGGGUCAUGGGCCAGCAGGACAGAGGGGAAGGGGCCUGGCUUGCCCUGGAGCUCCAUCUUGGAACUCCACACAGCCAACAUAAGCUAACAGCGUACAUCACUGGCUCCACCUCAAUCACUUUUACAAGUAGUAACAUUCAGGGUGUGUACUGUGAUGCACAAUCCUUGAAUGAAGACAGUGCCACCUACUGGGCAAAGGUUGCUACUGCAGUUCACCUGCAGCUGACUUCCACAAUGCCUGAAUAUAAUAAUACUGGUGAAAGUGAUAGCUGUACUCUCUGUUCCAAGACCUGAUGGAAUUAUAGCAUGAGAAGAUUUAUGAUAUUUAUGAUGGGGAUUUAAAUUGGAGAAAGGGAAUUAGUUAACAAAGAUUUUAACAAGUUAUAUAACUUCAUUAGUUUGUGUUCACUAGUUUGUUUCCAUAUCUGCAAACCCAAUUUAUUUUAUACAUCUUAGUUGCUUAUGUGUUUCUUAGCUAUAUACCUAAUGAUGCCGAAUACUCCUGUUCAUUACAAUGCUCUACCCUCCUACCCAUCUGUGAAUCAUUUUAGAGAGCAGAGAUACUACAUACUGCUCUCACUCCAGUCUCUAAGCUACGGUGGACAGCUGCCAGCUCUCUGUGCUCUGUCCAUGCCCUGCAGUGAGCUCAAUCAUCCACGGGAGGCACUGUUUCCCCAUGUACUCUCCCCCAAAGCCACCUUCUAGUUUAGGGAUUGCACCUCAACCAUAAUUUCCCCAAUGACAUUCUACCUUCAAGGCUUCAAAGCUAUGCCCAUGACCCACUCAAUCUAUGGCAAGGAAGCUAUGCCCAUGACACACUCAGUCUAGGGCAGGGAAACUAUGCCCAUGACACACUCAGUCUAUGGCAGGGAAGCUAUGCCCAUGACCCACUCAGUCUAUGGCAGGGAAGCUAUGCCCAUGACCCACUCAGUCUAUGGCAGGGAAGCUAUGCCCAUGGCCCACUCAGUCUAGGGCAGGGAAGCUAUGCCCAUGACACACUCAGUCUAGGGCAGUGAGGUUGUCUGAAGGAGGAAGUGAGCUAGGGGGCAUGAUUAGGAGACAGGCUGCUGUAGGCUACCUGGUAGUGUUUUUCUAGACAUGCUGACCUUUUGGGCGACCCCUCCCCCCUCUUAAUGAUGGGGUUGCUGAGGAAUCUUGUUAUAUACACUAUAUAUUUCUCAGGGAUGCUGGCAUCUGGAAAGCAACUUUCCAAUAAAAUAAAAAAAUGAAUGAAGAUUCCUAACCUCAGUGCUGGAAAUGCAA